AUGAAGCUGCUGGCAUGGUUCUGCCUCAGUUUUCUGGAGUUUGCCGUGGCGCAGGACUUCGCGAUCCGAAGUUCCGUGGACACGACGAAGUGCCUGACACUCCGAAGCCUCUAUGUGGAGCUCGAGGAGUGUGACGAAGACUUCUUUGCCAGCAAUCAGGUGUGGUACUGGAACAAGACAUGGCUUGUGAACCGGUAUGUGAAGUCCUCGACGGGUGAGCCUGUAUGUGUGGCUAUUCCCGGUGAUGCUUAUCACUCAGUGCCUUUGGUGGCAGAAAGCUGCGAGGAAGGACGGCCUCACAUGGAUUGGGUUUGGGCAGAUGACCGCGUCAGGAACCUUCAUGUGGAUCUUUGUUUCGACCUUCCUGGCAAGAACUUCAGCAACUUUGCUGCUUAUGCAUCAUUUGCCCACCACCCUGAGGGCAACACGCCAGUGCAGGCAGGAGCCAUUGACUUCAGCAGUGCUGGCAGCGAUCAGAUCUUUCUCAAGUAUCCCCUUUCAGGAUUGGGUACUCCAGAAGCCUUUUCCCCCAGAGCAUUCAGAGGUGAAGAUGUCCGCUUCGCUGUUCCAACUCGAUGCCCGGAUGGGACUCUUGGUGAGAGACACUUGUGUCCCUACGAUCACCGACUCAAGCCAGAUCUGCAGUGCUAUGGAGGUCGAAUGGUCGACCGAUGCGUUUGCACACCUGGAUAUUUCAUUCAUAUCCUCAAGCCGCAGGGCGACAAGGCCAUGUGGGAGUACACAUGUUGCUGGGGUGAACCAACUGAGGAGUGCGGAGACUGGCAAUAUAUGGGUCCUGUCGCGCUUGGCAUCAUGCUUCUUGGCAUCCUGGGCUUCUUGAUAGGCACUCUACUCAUACACUGCAACACACAGAAGAUUCCAGUAGCUACCAAGGAGGACCUUCACUUGCUCGACUUCACGACUGUCUUGGAUGGUGCCCAACUUUGCAGGGCAGUCGAGCAGAAGAACUGGUGUGUGACCCUGCAGGACUUGCAACAAUUCAAGCGUUUGGUCCGGGAUGCGGUUACCAAAGGCCAGAUCCAACCCACCAGGCUCGAUCCGUUUGAGGCUUCAGACCGCAUCGGCCCUGAGCAUCCAUACGGUGGCUCAGCAGUUCAUCAAACCCGUCACGAAAGCUGCUGGUGA